AUGAACAACAAGGAAAAGACAGGCGAUCAGCACGUUCAUCUCUACGGCGCAGAGACCUAUCCUGAGGAUGGAGCCAAUAGAGACAUCGUUCCCCUAGAAGGCAGCCUUCACCGAGGAUUGAAACCUCGUCACGUGUCGUUGAUCGCUAUCGGCGGAGUCAUCGGUACGGGACUUUUCAUAGGUACAGGUACUGCCUUGUCCAAUGGAGGGCCAGUCGGACUCUGGCUGGGCUUCAGUUUGUUUGGCGUCCUGACUUUCUUCAUGAUGCUGGGCCUCGGCGAAAUGUGUGCCUAUCUGCCCAUUACCGGUGGUCAGCUCACCUACGCGGGCCGCUUCUUCGAUCCGGCCCUGGGCUUUGCUCUGACCUGGAGUACUACUAUCCAUUGGGCUCUGACUUGUGCCUCCGAACUCUCCGCGGUCGCCGUACUCGUCAAUUACUGGCUACCAGUCGAGAAGGUCAAUAACGCGGCCUGGAUAGCCAUCAGCUAUGCCGUCAUUGUAGUGCUUAAUCUGACAACGUCGGGAGUGUAUGGAGAGACUGAGUUCAUCUUCAGUUCGAUCAAGGUCCUGACCAUUGUGGGGCUCAUCAUUCUUGGAGUCUGCAUCGAUUGUGGCGCAGGUCCCACGGGUCAUUACAUCGGCUUUCACUUCUGGAAAGACCCGGGUCCUUUUGCGCAAUAUCUCGGUAUACCGGGUACGACUGGCCGCUUCCUUGGCUUCUGGGCUGUGUUCAUCCAGGCAGCAUUUUCGCAAGUUCGAUACGGAGGCGUAGAGUUCUUUGCUAUCAGUGCAGCCGAAUCUGCUAAUCCGCGACUUUCCAUUCCGAGGGCAAUGAAGCAGAUCUACGUCCGAAUUGGAGUCUUCUACAUCCUUGGCACUAUCAUUCUGUCGUUGCUCGUCCCUUACACCAACAAUCGUCUCGGGACUGCAAGCAAUGCCGCGGCCUCUCCUUGGGUCAUCGCCAUCCAGCUCUCCGGUAUCAAGGCAUUACCUCACAUAAUCAAUGCCUGUCUGAUUACCUCUGCUUGGUCUGCUGCGAACGCCGAUUUGUACAUCUCGUCAAGAUGUUUGUACAACAUGGCUCACAAAGGUCUUGUGCCCAAAGUCUUCCUUCGCACCCAUAGAUAUGGAACUCCUUAUGUGGCUGUUUUGACAAUGGGACUCAUACCUCUACUCGCUUUUAUGACCGUCAGUACCGGUGCAGCCGAAGUCUUCGGAUGGUUUGUCAACCUUGUCUCUGUGAUGGGAUUGUGCGAGUGGACUGCUAUCUGCGUGUCCUACCUCGGAUUUCGACGCGCUUGGGCAGCCCAGGGGUUCAAUCGUGACAGUCUUCCCUACAAGCACCGCUUGGCACUGCCAGGCGCGUACAUAUGCUGCGCAUUCUUCCCUCUCAUCAUCUUCUUCUCUGCAUGGCAGGUGUUCCGACACACCGGAAGAGACUUUGAUCGUGCCGCUUUCGUCACGAACUACUUACCUGCGUUUUGGUUUCUCGUUAUGUACAGUGGUUACAAACUGUAUGCCCGGACCCGCGUCAUUGCCCCUACCGAGGUCGAUCUUGUCAGCAACCUCGCUGAGAUCGAGGCGACCAUCGAGGAGCGCCCCGAUUCAACAACUUUUUCUGGCAAGCUCCGUACAUGGUUCUUUUAG